AUGGUCUUUCAAGCAGCGAAACAGACAAAAACUUCUGAGGCGUACAAACAGUACGUCCAAAGUCUUUACAAGUGGGAAAAAGAAAUAAAAGUACAAGAAAAGAUUCUUUCUAAAGACGAAUCUUUAACAACUUCGACUUAUCCUCCAAUUCGAACUAUUGGUGAAAUAUUAUUUGCCGCAGUACAAAAACCUACGCAGGUUUCCGUGUCACCUGAAAUUAAGGAAGCAAAGGACAUCAAUCAAAAUAAAACUGAAAAAAUAAAAGCAUUUGAUUACCAAGCUUGGGAUAAAUUUGAUGUGGAUAAAGCUUUAGAGGAAUCGGACGAAGAAAUUAAUAAUCAAAAGAUAAAAGAACUUACCGAAACUGAGUUAGCUGCAGAAUAUAAAGCUCAACAACAAACAAAACCUACAUCAAUGUCGACAAAACGUUCAGAUCGUAAAGGAAAGAAGACUGCUAGAUUGGAACAGGCUUUACAGGAGAAAGAGACGGGGAACGCAUUCUUCAAAAAAGGAAACUACACAAAAGCGAUUGAACAUUAUGGAAGGGCUAUGGAAUUGGAUCCUAAAGAGGCCGUUUAUUUCAUUAAUCGGGCAAUGGCUUAUCUGAAGUUGCAGAAAUGGGAAGAUGCAGAAUUGGAUUGCACUAUCGGAUUAAUGUUGCAUCCGGAUAAUACCAAAGCUCUUUGGAGACGAGGUAUCGCAAGGAGAGAGCUUGGUAAAUUAGAAGAAGCUAAAAAAGAUCUCCAGGAUGCACUACAUUUAGAGCCUCAUGAUAAAGCUGUAAAAGAAGAACUAGAUAAAUUGUUAAGCGUUAUUGAAUCGGUCACUUCUAAAAAAACAGCUGUAGAUCAGGCAAACGAUGUUCCCCGACGUCGAUUAACUAUCGAAGAAGUUGACUUCGAUGAGGAUGAUUUUACCGAAUCAAAAAAAACUGAUCCAAUAAAACCUAGUGAGAAGGUUAUUAAGGUGCAAAUCAUGAUACCAAUCGAAAAUUCAGUAACUUUUCCAAAGGCUUCUCCCAAAAUAUUUAAGGCACCACAAUCUAUGAUUGAAUUCGAAAGUGAUUGGGAGAGAAUUCAACAGAAUGACGAGGAUUUAUAUAAUUAUAUAAAAGUUAUUCCACCUUCUUCUUAUCCAAGCCUUUUAUCUACUUUUUUUGAAGCCGAUUAUCUAUCUCGAAUUUUGGUUAUUUUGAAAAAUUUCUAUUUAGUGCAUGAUACGGUUAAUGAUAUUUAUGAUAUUUUAUAUAAUUUGAGUCUUGUUGUGAGAUUCGAUAUGAUUGUGUCGUUCCUUGAAAAAGAGGAUAAAAAGGUUCUGGUGGAUUUGUUCAAAGCUUUAUAUGAAUCAUCUAAAGGCACACAAAACGGUGUUGAAAAUGUACAAAAUUUAAAAAAAGUGACACGAGAUGAGGUCUUAGGAUUGGCUGAAGUUUAUCAUAUUCAGGAUUUAGUUGGAUAA